CCAAAAUCGAACAUGAUUCCUCAUCCUCUCCCUCCGAACCGUUGUCGCUUUUGACCUUUCUCUCUUCCCCCAACAUAAACAAAAGAAACAGAGCAAAGAUAUAUAAUAUAACCCACCACUUUGUUCUCGACCUCCACUCAUUCCAAAGCACAGAGAAGAUAAUGGCUCUUCCUCCUCCUCCCCUGCUCUUCAUCUCCUUCCUCUUCUCCCUCGCCUUUUCUUCUUCCGCCGCCGCUGGCGCCACCACCAUCACACUCUCUCUCACUCCAUUCCUCCCCAAACACCCCCGAUCCUCCUCCUCCGCUGCCGCCGCCUCCGCCUCCGACGACAAUUCCUCAUGGCAAUCCCAAAUGCUGAACCUCCUCGCCACCUCCUCCCUCGCCCGUGCCCACCACCUCAAGAAGCACAACUCAUCCUCCUCCUCCACUCCCAUCAAAGUCCCGUCCUUCCCCCGCAGCUACGGCGGCUACUCCAUAGAUCUAGGCUUCGGCACGCCGGCCCAGACCCUCACCUUCGUCAUGGACACCGGAAGCAGCCUCCUCUGGUUCCCCUGUACCUCCCGUUACGCCUGCGCCUCCUGCUCCUUCCCCAGUUCCGACCCCUCCAAGAUCCGCCGCUUCAUCCCCAAGCUCUCCUCCUCCGCCAAGCUCGUUGGCUGCCGCAACCCCAAGUGCGCCUGGAUCUUCGGCCCCGCCGUCGCCUCCCGCUGCCACGACGAAUGCGCCUCGGGCCGCAACUGCUCCCAGCAAACCUGUCCGCCGUACAUCAUCCAGUACGGCUCCGGCAACACUGCCGGCGUCUUGCUCUCCGAGACGCUCUCCUUCUCUGAGGACCGGAAGGUGCCGAACUUCCUCGCUGGGUGCUCCCUCUUCUCGACCAGACAGCCCGCCGGCAUCGCCGGGUUCGGCCGCGGCUCGGAGUCGCUCCCCUCUCAGAUGGGCCUUCGGAGGUUCUCCUACUGUCUCCUGUCCCGCCGCUUCGACGACACCUCCGCCAGCAGCGACCUCGUCCUGUACCCCGGCCGGGCAUCGGGCCCUGGCUCAGGCGGCGACCGCAAGACGGACGGUGUCGUCUACACUCCGUUCCGGGCCAACCCAGGCCUCCCGGGCUCCGCGUUCAAGGACUACUACUACAUCAGCCUCCGCAAGGUCCUCGUCGGCGGGAAGGCCGUCAAGGUCCCACACAGGUACCUCGUCCCGGGCGCCGACGGGAACGGCGGGGCCAUCGUGGACUCGGGCUCGACGUUCACGUUCAUGGAGCGGCCCGUGCUCGAUGCGGUGGCCGAGGAGCUCGAGCGGCAGAUGGCGAACUACAGCCGGGCCAAGGGGGUCGAGGCACGGACCGGGCUGAGGCCGUGCUUCAACGUGUCGGGGCGUGGGGAUGCAGUGAGGGUGCCGGAGCUAUCGCUGCAGUUCAAGGGCGGCGCGAGAAUGGCGCUGCCGCUGGAGAACUACUUGGUGCUGGUGGGGGAGGGCUCAGGGGUGGCGUGCGUGGCGAUUGUGACGGACGAUGCCCCAAUUGGCCCGGAAGUGAGCGGCGGGCCGGCUGUCAUAUUGGGCAGCUUCCAGCAGCAGAAUUUCUUCGUGGAGUACGAUUUGGAGAACGAGAGGUUGGGCUUCAGAAAACAGAAUUGCAAAGUCGAAUGAAUCCACAAAUCUCCUUUUAAUUUAUCAUUUUUGUUCAGAAUAAUGUCUCAUAGAGUAUAUAUAGAAAUAACAUCAUGGCAA